UUCAUAGCGGAGCAUACAUCUGUACAAACUGUUAAUCACUUAGCCGAAAUUUUGCCAAAGUUAGAUAGUGAUUCAGGUACUUUGUCUAAAUCAAGGCUCCAUAAAACAAAGUGUACAAUGGUUAUAAAAAGUGUACUUAGCCCUUGCAUGUUAGGAGAUGUAAUACGAGAAAUAAGUGAUUCCGCCUAUUCUAUCAUUGUCGAUGAGACGACAGAUGUCUCGACUCUGAAAUCUUUGUAUGAUGAUACGUUUUUUUUUUCAAUUUCACAAAAAAGAUUAGUGAUUACUUUCUAUAGAAUAAUUAAAUUAACUAACUGUGAUGCUCAGAGCGUAUGUGAUGCAAUAACAAAUCAAUUAAAGGAUUAUGGUCUGAAUAUUCAAAAUUUGGUUGGAAUAGGCAUGGAUGGUGCUAACGUAAUGGUAGGUAAACAUACAUCUGUGGCUAUCAUUCUGAGAAAAGAAUAACCAGAUCUUAUUGUUGUCAAGUGUGUUUCGCAUUCUUUGCACUUAUGUGCAGAGAAGGCAGCCGAAACACUGCCUAGACAAUUAGAAUUUCUGGUUCGAGAAAUUCACAACUGGUUCGCUUACAGUUCUAAACGUAUUGAAGAGUAUAACGAUUUGUAUGAAACAAUUAAUAAUAACCGUAACGUUGAGAAAGUGCAAGGGCUCAGUGGAACUCGUUGGUUGGCGAGAUUUAAUGCUGUAAAUACAAUACUUGACCAAUGGACAGAGUUAGAACUUUUGUUUUCACUAGCUAAAACCCAGAACAAAUGCUAUAUGGCUGAUCAGUUACAUGAUAUUAUGAAAAGAUUACCAUUUAAGGCUUUUCUGAUAUUUUUGAGAAAUGAACUCAAGACUAUCACUCAGUUGAAUCAGCUUCUUCAAAGUAAUCAAGUGGAACCAGUGAAAUUAUUUGAAGAUUUAUUUUUACUGUACAAAAAUUUACUUUAGAAGAUCGUAGUACCAGCUCAACUGCAAAAAGUCGAGAACAAUGAGCUCGU